UUAAAGUAAAAUAAAAGGAAAAGGAAUAAGAAAAAGAAUUUUAUCACUGGUCGUAAAACAUCGCGCAGGCGCAGGGAGCAUUUUCUACAGCUCUCCUCUUUUUUCCGUCUCUUUUCCGGUCGGCGCUGCAGCUCUCAACCAACCUCAGGCGGCUCUGCCCCGGCCAAUUGAACCCACGAUGGCUUGGGUAGCAUUUAUUCUCACCAUCCUCUCCUCCGCCGCCGCCUUCACACCGCUCUAUACCCCAUCGCGUGGUGAUCCAAUCAUUUCACUCAAUCGCUUUAGUAACAGCAGUACCGCCAUGUUUCUACCUCUGUUCUUCAACAGCCCCGAGGACCGCCGCCACAGGGAGGGGUUUUAUUCCCGGCGCCACCUCCUCGGCCGCAGCGCCCGCAUGCCUCUCCACGAUGAUCUCCUCCUCAACGGGUAUUACACGACUCGUCUGUGGAUCGGGUCUCCGCCGCAGAGAUUUGCUUUGAUAGUGGAUACCGGCAGCACCGUGACGUAUGUUCCGUGCUCCACUUGCGAACAGUGUGGCAAGCAUCAGGAUCCAAGGUUUAAACCAGAUUUGUCAAGCACCUACCAACCUGUCAAGUGCAACAUUGACUGUGCUUGUGAUAGUGCCAGAGAGCAAUGUAUUUAUGAAAGACAAUAUGCAGAAAUGAGUUCUAGCAGUGGGGUAUUGGGUGAGGAUAUUGUGUCUUUUGGAAACCAAAGUGAACUAGAGCCACAACGGGCUGUUUUUGGUUGUGAGAAUAUGGAAACAGGUGACCUUUACAGUCAGCAUGCUGAUGGUAUAAUGGGUCUAGGUCGAGGGGAUCUUAGUAUUGUGGAUCAACUUGUUGAGAAGGGUGUAAUUAGUGAUUCAUUUUCCCUUUGCUAUGGCGGAAUGGAUGUGGGUGGUGGGGCAAUGGUUCUUGGAGGAAUAUCAUCUCCUGCUGAUAUGGUUUUUGCCCAUUCAGACCCUGUGCGCAGUCCAUAUUACAAUAUCGAGCUGAAGGAGAUACAUAUUGCUGGAAAGAAGCUCUCUCUUAGUCCCAGGAUUUUUGAUGGUAAACAUGGAACUGUUUUGGAUAGUGGCACAACAUAUGCAUACUUUCCGGAGGAGGCAUUUAAAGCAUUCAAAAAUGCCAUAUUUAAGGAAGUCCAUACCCUAAAGAGAAUACAAGGUCCAGAUCCUAAUUACAAUGAUAUCUGUUUCUCAGGUGCUGGAAGUGAUGUUUCGCAACUCUCGAAUGUCUUUCCGUCUGUUGAAAUGGUGUUUGACCACGGACAGAAGGUCUUGUUGUCCCCUGAAAAUUACUUGUUCAGACAUUCAAAGGUGCAUGGUGCUUACUGCCUUGGAAUUUUUCAGAAUGGAAAAGAUCCAACCACACUCUUGGGAGGUAUUGUUGUUCGGAAUACUCUUGUAACCUAUGACCGUGAACAUGAAAAGAUUGGUUUCUGGAAAACUAACUGCUCUGAAUUAUGGGAGAGACUUCACCCAUCCACUGCCCCUCCCCCGCCACCUUCUGGCACAGAUGAAGUGAACUCAACCAUGGAUAUGAGCCCUUCGGUGGUUCCUGCUGAGCCUUCGCCGCCCAUAGGUCCAGGGGAAAUCAAAAUAGGUUUAAUAACCUUUUAUAUGUUAUUGGCCGUGAAGUACCCAGUGUUAAAGCCUCAUAUCCCAGAACUUGCUCUGUCUAUUGCGAAGGAGUUAGAUGUUAAUGCUUCUCAGGUCCAACUUAUGAAUGUUACUUCACGAGAUAAUGAUACGCUUAUAAGAUGGGCUGUUCUCCCUGCAGCAUCUGCUGAUUUUAUUUCUAAUGCUACCGCCACAGACAUGCAUACAUGCCGCGUCAAUUGGAAUAAUUUAGCAGUCUCAGAAAUAGAAAGUGGACAAAAUACUUCCCUUCUCUGUAAUGUGAAGCUAAUGACCUGUAGGACUUGGUGGCGAAAGCAUUAUUUGGCUGUAGUUUGGGCAUUCAUUGUUUUGAUUGUAGCUGGAUUAUUGGCAUCUGGAGCAUGGGUCAUUUGGAGGAGGAACAAAUCAGUACUGGCAUACAAACCUGUUGAUUCUGUUGUUGCCGAGCAAGAACUCCAGCCUUUACAGAACUAACCGAAAAGUAAUUGCAUCACUCGAUUCAAGUUGCUGUCUUGUUAGAAGUAGCCUCGUUUGUAGUGCAAUUAUAGGUUAAAAAAAUUUUGAGCUUAGGCAUUUGUGAUGAGGUUGCCAGAUAUUGACUGCAAUAUGAAAAGUAGAAUCUCACUUCAGCACACAGCACUUUGAAGAGAAAGUCUUAAUUUUAUAUUUUCGAAAACCAUACUCGUUUGCCAUUGAGAAGGGCGGUGCGGAAAGCCUUGUAGAGAAUUACAGUGUUGGUGAAUAAGAAAUGCGUUUCAAUUUUUUCUUUUGGCUUCGCAUGAUUUA